AUGCGCUGCACAGUUGUCGCCCUUCUAUCCACCGCUGUCUUCUCCCUCGGCGCUCUUGCCCAUCCCUCUCCUCCCCAACCCGCCGCCAUUUCCUCACCUCUCGGAAAGCGCUACCAAAGUGGCUGGUGCGGCGUGCACGUAAAGCAAUACCAAAAAAAUGAGGCCGACAACUCCGAGUACAUCCUCGACGUGACCCUCUACGACGCGCUGCAAGACCAAGUGGGCGCGGUGACGGGACUCAGCGCCCCGGGUGGCAGCUACCAGGACAUUGACAGCAAGCUUCCGUAUGUGUUCGAGGUGUGUUGGUAA